UGUCAACAUGAAAUUCCUAUUAGUCACCCUUGUGGCCGGUUUGGCGCUCUGCCACGCUGCCGUUAAGGAAGAAAUCAUUGCCACCGAAUAUUUGCAAAAUAUCAACAAGGUCCUGGCCAAGCAAACCAACAUCGAGACUGAAGCCUCUUGGGCCUAUGCCUCAAACAUUACCGAUGAAAAUGAACGUCGUCGCAAUGAAAUCUCCGCCGAAAAUGCCAAAUUCAUGAAAGAGGUUGCCAAGGAUUUGUUGAAAUUCAAUUGGCGCACCUACAGCUCGGCCGAUGUUAAACGGCAAUUCAAAAUCUUAUCGAAGACUGGCUAUUCUGCCUUGCCCGCUGAAGAUUAUGCCGAACUUUUGGAAGUCCUCUCAUCGAUGGAAGCUAAUUUUGCCAAGGUCCGUGUAUGUGAUUAUAAGGAUAGCGAGAAAUGUGAUUUGUCUUUGGACCCUGAGGUUGAGGAAAUCAUUACCAAGAGCCGUGACCCCGAGGAAUUGAAGCACUACUGGGUUCAAUUUUACGAUAAGGCUGGUGCCCCUACCAGGAAGUCGUUCGAAAGAUACAUCGAAUUGAAUGCCAAGUCGGCUAAGUUGAACAACUUCACCGAUGGUGCUGAGGUCUGGUUGGACGAAUACGAAGACGACACCUUUGAACAGCAGCUGGAAGCCAUUUUCGAAGACAUCAAACCCUUGUACGAACAGGUCCAUGGUUAUGUCCGUUAUCGUUUGAAUCAAUUCUAUGGCGAUGAUGUCGUGCCUAAGAACGGUCCUUUGCCCAUGCAUUUGUUGGGUAACAUGUGGGCUCAACAAUGGUCUGCCAUUGCCGAUAUUGUUUCACCCUUCCCCAACAAGCCAUUGGUUGAUGUCAGCGACGAGAUGGUUGCCCAGGGUUAUACCCCCUUGAAAAUGUUCCAAAUGGGUGAUGAUUUCUUCCAGUCGAUGGGUUUGAAGAAGUUGCCACAAGACUUCUGGGAUAAGAGUAUCUUGGAGAAGCCCACCGAUGGCCGCGACUUGGUUUGUCAUGCUUCGGCCUGGGAUUUCUAUUUGACCGAUGAUGUGCGCAUUAAGCAAUGUACCCGUGUUACCCAGGAUCAAUUCUUCACCGUCCACCACGAGUUGGGUCACAUCCAAUAUUUCUUGCAAUAUCAACAUCAACCCUUCGUCUAUCGUACCGGUGCCAAUCCUGGUUUCCAUGAGGCUGUCGGCGAUGUCUUGUCUUUGUCGGUGUCGACACCCAAACAUUUGGAACGUGUUGGCUUGUUGAAGAACUAUGUCAGUGAUGAGGAGGCCCGCAUCAAUCAAUUGUUCUUGACUGCCUUGGAUAAGAUUGUCUUCCUGCCCUUCGCCUUCACCAUGGACAAAUACCGUUGGGCCUUGUUCCGCGGCCAAGUAGACAAAUCCCAAUGGAACUGUGCCUUCUGGAAAUUGCGUGAAGAAUACUCGGGUAUUGAACCACCAGUAGUCCGUACCGAAAAUGAUUUUGAUGCCCCAGCCAAAUACCACGUGUCGGCCGAUGUUGAAUAUUUGAGAUAUUUGGUCUCCUUCAUCAUUCAAUUCCAAUUUUACAAGUCGGCCUGUAUCACUGCCGGUGAAUACAUUCCCGGUAAUCCUGAAUAUCCUUUGUACAACUGUGACAUCUAUGGCAGCAAGGAAGCUGGUAAACUUUUCGAAAACAUGUUGUCCUUGGGUGCCUCCAAACCCUGGCCCGAUGCAUUGGAAGCCUUCAACGGUGAACGUACCAUGACCGGCAAGGCCAUUGCUGAAUAUUUCGAACCAUUGCGUGUCUGGUUGGAGGCUGAGAACACCAAGAACAAUGUUCCAAUUGGCUGGACUAAGUCGGACAGUAAGUUUUCCCCUUUUUGA